AUGGCGAUCUACAUCAUUCACAACAACGAGUACCAUGACGGUUACACUUGUGAGCAACUCGGCCAUUUGAUUCGGAUCAUGAGGGCCAGAACUUCAUUACUCGACCACAAAUAUGACUCUGACUCGAUCAUCAAAAAGACUGAACAAAUCAUUGAAAAGUACAACUACCAAAAGAGACUGAAGAAUGACACUUUGUAUCAAUAUGAACGAGCAGCGCUUGCAAAACCUCCCAUUGGACCAACUAAGCAGGUUGAGGAACUACCAAAGAUUCAAAAUGUGUCGGAUCCAGUAGCAUUCCUGGGAAUCGCAGAGAUGGUUGGAAUCGGGUCCAGCACGCCAAAAUCUGAUAAGAUUAAGAAGAAAGUUGGACCGAAAGACGAUUCUAAAGAUGCUCCGAAAAUUCUUCUUCCCGAAAUCCUAAUCGAACAACUCUCCCCACCAACAAGUCCUCAAUCCAAAACCUAA